AUGUCUUCCACAUCCUCAAUACACUCCGUCUUUUCCGACGAUGAGCUCCCGACAUAUGAAGAAAUUGCACUGCCUCCCAAUGUCACUAUCGAAGAGCGAGAGAUCUCUUCCGAUGACGAAGACGACGACGACUACUACAACGACCAAUCCGAGCACAAGAGCACCACCAUCAAGCAAAGCACAAAAACAUUCGCCAGUCUGAAGUCAUUCCUCUCAGGCUCGGUCUCAGUUGCUCCUUCGGCCGAGUUUCAGAAAUCCACAGUCACAUUUGACCAAACUGCCGCGCCGACUCGUCCCAAGACAGACCGCAAACCGUCGUUCAAACUCGCUCCUAUUCAAACAUCAACUUUGCAAUCGCGCAGAAUGGCCAUGCGCUCGACGUUACAAAUAGGCAAUACCGUUUGA